UAGCAGCGGGGGUGUGCGUGUGUAACUGUGAGUGUAUUCCCUAUUACACCCAGCUACACCCACCCUACACCCGUGACAGGCUCCGACAGUGUACAUUUUGACUUCGUGUGUGUACAGAACGUAAUUGAAGCGUAAAAUGACUUAGGACGUGUUGUUGCGCUUUGAAAAUUACAAAUAUUUAUAAAACAACUGAAAUAAGUGUCGUUAAUUACCUGUUAAGUGAAAUAAUAUUAAUCAUGGUUACAAGUGUGCAUCAUGCCUCUAGUGACGUCAUGAUGUAGUUUACCUGUGUGUUUACUACCUGACUGAAAAACGUGAUAGAAAAUAAACAGGAAUAUCAUUUACUUGAAGGAAAUACUUUACGCUAAUGUGUAAUUAAUAUACAUAUAAUAUAGUACUUGAGGAAGGUGUUAACAGCUGGUCUGUGUUGAAGUGUUUGAUGAACUGGUGGGUGGUGUGGUGACGAGUGGGCGCCCUCACUCCGUGUACCUCUGAACAUCUGAACAUUUCGUCAUCAUUAGUGAACGAGAUUUAUUAUUAUUGAACAAAAACUCGUCCAUCAUCAUCAUCAUCAGUGAACAAGUUGUAGUGAAACAUAUUGAUUGGUGGAGGGAAGAUGGGGCGUGUGUGUUGGCACCGAUGUCUGCUGUGUGGUGCCUACGAGUGCCGGGACCCCUUCUCCGCCCUUAGUGGAGAAAGACAGUAGUUGGAGAUAGUGCCAGUCUCCAAAGUGCCAGGUGACAGUGACAAUGGUGCCUGGACAUUCCCCCUAGUGCCAGGUAACAAUGAGAGGGGAGUGUUGUUGUUGUGUCAGCUGGUGCCUCGGGCCGUGUCAACAAUAACAAUGAGGUUUCGUCGCAAGAACAAGAAGAUGAGCUUGGGGGUGCGGGUGGAGGUGGUACUGUUGGACGACCGACGACUACAGGUGAACGUAGGUCCCCGCCUGCUGACCCACGAGCUCCUCGCCAUGGUCGCCUCACACUUCACCCUCAAGGAGAACCAGUACUUCUCCCUCGCCCUCGUCGACUCCACGGGUCACUACCAGUGGUUGUCGCACGACCGUCGGGUGGUGGAUCACGAUGUGGUCCGCACCCUCAACGGCGCCCCCCUCACCCUCUACUUCCUCGUCAAAUUCUACGUGGAGUCAAUACUACAGCUACAGGGACCACAAACUGUAGAGCUCUUCUACCAACAUGCCAGGAACCUAGUUCAUAAGGGUCAUCUUGAGGUGGAAAGCGAUACAGCCUUUAGGUUAGCCGCCCUCGCUAUCCAGGCCAGCUACGGCGACUUCGCACAUGAGUCUGGAACACACACUCAGCUGAAGAAAACUCAACUAAUCCCGACCAACGUGAUCCGUGACCACCCGUCCUUGCAGUACUGUGAGGAGCGGGUAGCAGAGGAUCACCGCCGCCUACUGGGAUAUUCUCGAGGCCAAGCAAUACUACAGUAUAUGAGCUUGGUGGAGCGACUACCUACCUACGGCAUCCACUACUACGAAGUGCGGGACAGAUCUAAUCUUCCGUGGUACCUGGGCCUCAGUCACAACGGGAUCGCACAGUACGACUUCCUCGACAAAAGAAAACCUCGACGAGUCUUCCUUUGGAAACAGUUGGAAAACCUGUACUUUCGAGAAAGAAAAUUUUCCAUAGAAGUUCAUGAUCCAAAAAGAGUGGUGCACACCCUGAGCUCGUUUAACCUGUACGAGGAUGCAAUUGAAGACUCUCGCGAUCACCACCAUGACGACCUGCUAGCAGCCAUCACUGAGGCCACCACACAAGUAUCGGUGUCAAGAAGAACGUUUGGCCCUGGCAACGUUAGUGUUUACGUUUGGUUUGCAGAGACCCAAGCGCUCUGCAAAGCAAUCUGGUCCAUGGCGAUCGCACAGCAUCAGUUCUACCUCGACCGUAAAACCUCCAGGAGUGAGGCAUCUGGGGUGCGGGAACUUCCAGAGUUGGCUGUAGAGUUAUCUCGCAGCUGUGUCUCUCUCUCCACUCAUUCCUCCUCGUCAAACCUUUCUAGAUCUGGAUCACAUUCAUCUCUGGUGAACAACUCACUUGCAGAAGACAGUGCCAGCACAGAGAGCCUCCACCAAGCCAGGAUGGAGAUGCACAGUGCUCUCAAGCAGCGUCGAGAUGCACUGCAGGAGAAGAUCAAAGAAAAGGAAGAGGAACUGAGGUUACUGUGUUUACGUGAAGGAGAGCUAACUGGAGAGUUGCCUCCUGAAUACCCUUUGACACCUGGACAGCCGCCACCCACCGUACGCAAGAGAGUCGGGACGUCAUUUACUCUUAGCGAAAAUCUUAUUAACAAAAUCAUUAAUAAACAGGAGGAGACAGUAGCAGCAUUAGAAUUAGAAUAUGAAAUUCAGGGCAAAAUAACCAGUGCUGCUCUAAGAUUAGCAAACGAGACAUCGACACGGAAAGGAUUUAGAAAGCAGCGCAAGAUGACGUACCAGCAAUCAGCUCAGCGGUUAAAAGACCUCGAACAUAAAUUGAAAGCUGCCAAGUCCAAGCAGGCAGCAACAGCCAGCAGUAUACCAAAACAGAAGAAAAAGCCUCGACCUGUAUCAGACAGUGAGGGUGUGGGCAGUUAUGAUGAGAACACAAAUCCAAACAAUACAACUGUCACCAGUAAUCAAGACUCUCCACGGGACAGCUUACGAGAUCCUCAUCGUGACACUCUCAAUGUAGAGGGAGUAAGUCUUUCCCCGGCACCUUCCACUCAUCCUCCUGUGUCACCGCGUUCUCCCAUGCUUCCAUCCACCCCCGUAAGAGCAAGAGCGAGAAGGGACCUAUCACCAGGCGGUCAUCCCAUAGCUUCAGCCGGCAUUCACUCUGCACCGACAAGUCCUCACAAGCAACCAAAUGGAUCUGUAUGCUCAAGAGCAGCCAGUCCUAACAGACCUCACAGUGGCUACAUUCCCAGCUCCGUCUAUACAAGGAGUCAGUACCGCAGCCAACAGUAUCCGACCCUCUCCACGCGAUCACAGUCAGUCCCGGCGGAUGAGGGUCGGGUCCCACACCCACGGACUACCAACGGGACAUAUCCAGUACCAGACCCGGGCAUCGUCGAGACUCCUGGAGGUCUCUACAACAUCCCACAACAACGCACUUCCCUUGCUUGUCAUAGUGUGGAUGACCUGGACACCACAACCCUAAUCAACAACACACCCCAACACCAUAACCAUCACCAACCUUACAGACAGAGAAAUGACUCUCAGGAUAGGUACGGCAGUUUGGACCGUCGACGCGCCAACAGCGGGAGGCUGGAGUCACGCAGCAUGGAACACCUUGAUUCUCUACCCUCCCCAAGCAUUGCCCAACAGUCUCCCCAACAUAACAUACACCACAACCAUCAUCCAAGGCUCUCACCCCACCACUUACACCCCAGCCAUGCAGCAUCAUACUCUCACCACCCACACUACCACAAUCACCACUUCCACACAUCAGAGCUUCACCAGGAAACUAUGGAUACCACCAGUGACUCACAUCCCACCACAGCCAACUGCAGUUUUGACACAGCAUCCAGUGAACGAUCAGGAGGGGGAGACACAGUGGAUGGACCAACUCAAUACAGACUCCACGGAGGUUCCCAAGGAAGCUCACAGAAUUACCGGCAUCGCAGCAAGAGUGGUCCUGGCCUGCCUGCACCACCUGCUCAGCACCAUCGUGGGUCAAAUCAUGGUGCCGUUCAGAGGUCUCAGAGUAGCACAGUACACAGACUGGUGAGAACAUCUAGUGGAAGGAGUUAUAUGGAAACAACAUUUGUCUCUGAACCAAAUCACAACCAAGAAAACAUCCCUCCCCUUCGACCUUCAUCUGAGUUACAACCUUUACGUCCUACUAAUGGUAUGCACCAUGAUAACCCAUCAUCUCAUCGUCCUACAAUGAAUGCUAAUGCAGUGGAUCAUCUCCCUCUACGACCAACAGCGUCUGAUCUGCCACCACUCAGAGCCACCAAAUCUAGUAGUGAAUUGCCUCCACUGAAAGUUACAAGCUUAAAGACAGAGCUGCCAAACAGUCAUAAUACUUCGUUGAGUUCCAUGGCUGAAGAACCAUUAAUUUCUUUAGCAGAGGCGGCUAGAAUGAAAAAGGAGCGGGGAAAAGAGUGGUAUGAGACCUCUUUAGAUUCACCAGCAUCUGGACGUCGAACCAAAAAGAGUACGAGUAUGAUUGAGAUGAACGAUUCAUGUCAGAGUAAUGGUAAUGUGUCAGCUAGCCAAUCUAACUUAAACCUUAGUGGCAGUAGUGUAGGCAGUACAAGCAGCAGUACGGGCAGUGUCUUCCAAUCUCGUUCAGAUUCUGCUGACACUUCUCAAGCAUCUGUUCCGUAUGAAUCUCCACGAAAUCACAUGAUUAUUUCAGCGGGAACUUACCAGCCCUCAAGAGAAGUAACAAAACCUUUUGAAAUGUCAGACUUCUACAAAUAUAGUACAAAGUACAGACGUCAGAGCUCCAGUAACUUAGCAGGUAUGAAUGGCAGCAGCACAGGUACCACCAGUGGAUCAGUCAGCAGUGUAAGCAGUGGUGGUGAUACACCUCUCUCUCCUGUGCUGCCUCCUAGAGCACAGGUAUUAGUCAGUAACAGCAAACUGCUUCCCCCAUCACCUAACAUGGUAGCUCAUCACUCUGCCCCUGCACCUCAACAGAAAGGGGUGUACCAGCCCCUGACACCUCUCACUUGCAAGCCCUUGGAAGUCAUGAAGGGAUCACCUGCGCCAGGAGAACCCGAGGAUCCUGUUGGAGGAUCUUGGGAUGCAGCUCCCCUGCACCAGGCUGUUCCUGCCACAGUCACUCACAAGAGAUCUGCCACCUUGGUGUGAAUCAGCAAGUUGUGGUUAGGCUUGUGGACCAUCGUUAUCACUUCACCUGAACAUCACAUUGUCACACUUGAAAGAGGCUUAAUGACUCCUGUUAUUUCCAUAAUGGUGCUUCAGUCAUAGUGUAAAUACACAUUUAUAUAUAUAUAUAAAUAUAAUUGUUAGGUAAUCAAAGAUCAAUCAUGAUUCUGAUUUUCAUAUACAAGUAUGAUCUUCGAUAGUUUGAUUUUGAUCUCAAUGUAUGAUACACUACAUGUGUUCCUAUACAGUACAUAAUUGUUCUGUAAUCUUGUAUACAUUAGAAAGACAAUGUAUAAAUUUCUUUAAAAUACAUAAUAUCAAACUUCCACAGUUUGAUGGAAAUUUUAUGAAUAAUGCAGGAAUAUCACAUCAACAGACAUGUGAAAACUUAACCAAGAGUGAUUAUGAAAGCUCACUACAAACUGUGAAACCUCACUACUAAAUAAAGUACAGUAGUGUACAACUUGAUUUUUCAACUGUGAUAAUGCAUUUUCUUACUUUGUACAGAGAAGAGAAUAUAUAUGAAAUUAAAUUCAACUUUAUUAGCUAAAAAUGGUAGUAAAUAUCCAUUUUUUUUUUAAUCAUGAAAAUGGCACCUAUAGCUGUACCUGACAUUUACCCACCAAAAUAACUUCAUUAUGACUGUACCAAUUCUUCCUGUUAUUUAUUAUGUACUGUACAUAUAUUUGAAUUUUAAAAGAAAUAUGUAACUGAACAAGAAACUUAAAUACUAUCGUUACUUAUAAUGAUAAUCAUAUAUAGGACUAGUAAUCUUCUAUUGUUUAGAAUGAAAUCUGAAAUUGGCAAAUGUUCGCCACAAAGACACAAGAUCUGGUACUCAUUAUAUCGUACUUUUUUUUACUUUUCUGAUGAAUAUAUCAGUUUGGUGUGGACUUGACUUAAUAAUCCAUGACGACAAGUGGAUGUGUGGGGGAGAGAGACAGGGUUGAGCCAACUUUUUAUUUCUCUGGCAUUUUGGGCUACACAAAACACAUCUUCAGAGAGAAUAUAGCAAGGGGAGGAAGUACAUAAGUGGAGACUUAUGUACCCCAGGUGCACCUCACCUCCCUGGACACCAAUCAGGCUCUGACGCGACAAGGUGUCCAGAGAGGUGAGGUGCACCACCCUGGGUGCUGUAUUCUCUCUGAUGGUUUCUGUGUAGCCCAAAAUGCUAGAGAAAUAAAGUUAGCUCAACCCGAUGUUUCCCUCCCACCCAUCUUUUCCUUGCCCAAAAUGCUAGAGAAAUAAAGUUAGCUCAACCCGAUGUUUCCCUCCCACCCAUCUUUUCCUUGAUAAGUUGGAAAGAACUUCACAAUUCACCAGAAGCUCUCAGUUGGUCUUCCUUUCCAUUUUUCUGUGCUGUAGUUUGUCAAAAAAAUCUUUGAAGUUUUAAUAAUAGACAUUUCAUUGAGUUCCAGAUAAUGUAGUGCGGUGUUGUCUCCUCAAGUCAUAAAUAACAACACCUCGUACAUUAGUUCUUAUGCAUUUUUGAAACUGUGAAAUCACAGAUCAAAAGUUAAUUUUAGUUAAUGGAAAAAUCUAAAUGUUUAUUAUUCAAUGUAAAACUGACUCUUGUUUUACGACUACAUUUUUGUUUGUAAAGAAACAGUUAAAGUUUUACAUUUCAUCACAGUGUGUUGUACUUCCAAAGACCCUUACAUGUUUCUCCUUUUUGGUUUUGUUGUGCAGUGGGGCCUCACAGAAGCUACCAAAGAAAAGUGCCUUUGUUUAUACAAGCAAGUGUAGAUAUGUGUAAAAAUUUUGUACAGUGUAAUAAAGUGGAAUAUGAUACUGUA